AUGACACUGGCUGCCUCUUCACCACCGAACGUCGGCAACGCCGAUGUCCAAGAGCGGCGCUGUCUCAGUCAGCUCCGUUCCGCAGAAAGUGAUCUAGAGAAGUUCAUCUACCUCAGCAGCCUUCGUCUCAGGCAGCCGCACCUGUACUACCGCCUCCUAGUCAAGCACUUCGUCGAGCUCGCGCCGCUACAGUACACGCCGACAGUCGGCGAGGCGUGUCUGAGAUGGUCCGAGAUCUACAGACAGCCUGAGGGCUUGUACAUCUCGUAUGAGCGAGAUCGAGGCAGCCUUAGGAAGUUGCUGCAGAAUUGGCCUCAGGAAAAAGUGGCCAUCACAGUGGUCACAGAUGGGUCUCGCAUUCUCGGCUUGGGCGACAUCGGAGUCAAUGGCAUGGGGAUUCCGAUCGGAAAGCUGGCCCUGUACGUCGCAUGUGGCGGUGUCGAUCCUCGCCAUGUACUGCCAAUCACGGUCGACUUAGGUACGAAUAACGAAGACCUUCGAGCGAACGAGAUGUAUAUGGGAAGCCGAAACCCCAAACCACCACGUCACGAUGAAGAAGCUUUUCUGGACGAACUCAUGGAGGCAUUGACAGGGAGAUGGCCAGGCAUUGUUGUGCAGUUUGAGGACUGGAAGAACCCCUGGUACACGCUCGAGAAGUACGGUCCAAAAUAUGCAAUGUUCAACGACGAUAUACAAGGUACUGGGGCCGUCAUCAUGGCGGGCAUAAUAACGGCAGUUCGACUCAGCGGCCUUUCUGUGCGUGAUCAUCGAGCAGUCUUCUUCGGCGCCGGCUCUGCGGCUGUCGGCGUAGCCAAGCAGAUUGUUCAAUAUUUCAUGGCGCAGGGGCUGUCGGAGGAUGAAGCUCGCGGACUGUUCUGGCUUGUGGACAGACACGGACUGGUAACGAAGGAUAGAGGUGACGACUUGCCGGAUCACAAGCGCUACUUCGCAAGAGACGACAACGGUGGCCAACAGUUCGCCAGGCUUGAGGAGACCGCAAAACAUGUAAAGCCAACCAUUCUCGUGGGAUUGAGUGGGGUCCACAAUGCGUUCCAUGAGGACCUGCUUCACAACAUGUCCAGCUGGAGCAAGAGACCAAUUAUCUUCCCACUAUCGAACCCGACGUCGGCCUCGGAGUGCACGUUCGAGCAGGCGAUCAACGCGACAGAAGGUCGUGCGUUGUUCGCUGCUGGAUCGCCGUUUGCUGCGAUCAAGUACCAUGGCGAUGAGUAUCAUCCAGCACAGGGCAAUAACAUGUACGUGUUCCCCGGGCUCGGUCAGGGAGCAAUCCUAUCACAAUCGAAGCAUGUAACGCAAAACAUGGUUUACGCAGCUGGAGCCGCCAUACCAGACGUCAUGCUCAAGGAGGAAGUUAAGGCCGGUCUGCUGUACCCCGAAUUGGACAGAAAACGUGAAGUCGGGAGAUUCGUCACGAUGAGAGUGAUACGGGCGGCCCAAAAGGAUGAGGUGGACCGUGCGACGGACCUUCGGCGGAUGAGUGACGAUGAACUGUUGGACUGGAUCUCCAAGAAGAUGUAUGACCCAUUUCGGGUGGAUGAUUGA